AUGAUCAUUUCUGACCAUGCUAAAGGUGAUUUCCACGAUCAAUAAUCAAAUAAUACUGAAGGACUUUAACUAGCAUGCCAACUGGUUAACAACCGAACUCAAGUCAUGCAAACAGAACCUUAAAUGAGCAACCACUACUUGGGAAGUGGAGAUGGGGAAUGCUGAAUGAGAAGAGAGCUCUUUGGAGAAGGGUCUUGGUUGAACUAUUUGGUGUUAGGAGGGUGGAGGAUAGAUUGGAGGAGUGGUUUAGAUCGAGGGAUUCUAUUUGGUGGAAAGAUUUAUGGAGUUUAGACUUAGGUGGAAGAUUUAGAGAGGGAUGGCUGAGGAAGGGGUUAGUCAAAAAUGUAGGGGAGGGUAAUGUCACACAGUUUUGGACUGAAAAAUGGUUAGGGGAGAAUUCAAUUAAGGAGAGGGUACCUAGGCUAUUCUAUUUAGCAAGCAAAAAGGAAUGUCUGGUGUCUGACUCAGGGAGUCUGGGAAUGGCAGUGGAGUUGGAGAAGUGAACUUUUUACUUGGAAAAAAACAGUUUCACUGGAAUUAUGUGUGGAAUUGGAGAUGGUACAGCUAAAGCAUGAGCAGGAAGACUCUUGAAGUUGGAAAUGGGACAUCAAAGGAGAACAUUCAGCUCAGUCAGCAUACAGAGUUUUGAUGGAAGACCAGACACACCAAAACAAGGCUGCCUACAAGUUACUAUGGAAUAAGAAGGUUCCUUUGAAAGUGUCAGCAUUUGUGUGGAAGGCUCUUUAAGAAAGGAUCCUAGCAAAA